AUGCCUAUGACCUGGAGCCACAAAGCUGAUGCAAAGCUUUUCCUCGGCGUCCUCAGCACGAGCAACAUUAAGCCUGACUACGAAGCUCUUGCAAAGUACAUGGGACCUGAUUGCACUGUCAAGGCUAUCCAGCACAGAAUUGGACGCCUCAAAACAGAUGCUGGGGUUGUCGUCGCUGCCGACGGUGACUCUUCGGCCCCUGCUACUCCGGAGAAGCGCAAGCGUGGCCGCCCAAAGAAGGAUGCCAAUGGUGACGCCGCGGAAAAGGAUAACGCCAGUCCUAAGAAGGCUAAGAAAGAGGCCGUGAAGAAGGAGGAGAACGGUUCUGCUGUCGACGGCGCUUGA